ACAGCCAGACAGUGCUGCGCCGGCUGCUCCAAGGAAAACUAGGUCGAUUGUUAAUUACUAAAUGGCAAAGGCACGCAGAAAACGUUAUCAGGCCAAGGAGCAGCUGGAGCUGCAGCAGCAGCAGCAGCCAAAUGGGUGUAGUUAAAAAUACCAACAACAACAGCAACAACAACAACAAUAUUACAAUGGAUAAACGUUCGCUUUGCUGCCUCAUCAUCUGUGUGAACGUGUGCUUUGUGUUGUGGCUGGUCAGCAUGCAACAGCUCGAAUCGGAUGAGGCAGGCACACUGAGCACACUGAGCACACAGCUGCAACAGCAACAGCUCCAACAACAACAACAACAGCAACAAUUGCAAUCGAGUGCCAACGGCAGUAGUAGUAAACCAAACCAAAUACACGACCCUAGUCGCACUCAGCAACUUAGUAGCAACCUUAGUAGUUAUUAUUAUUAUUCGUAUUCUAAUUAUUAUAAUAGUCCUAGCCAAGUAGUUAGUCUAGACAAGGCGGCCACGCCUAUAUCAACAACAACAUCAAUGACAACAGAGCCAUCAGAAAUGGCCUUAGAUGCCAAUCAGUUGAUUGAUUUGCACCAUUUUGGCUAUUUGAUGGAGCAGCCGGCGUGUGAAUCGCAUAUCCUCGCCUUAAUCCUUGUGCAUACGGCGCCGAAGAAUGCAGAGAAACGUUCACUAAUCCGUCAGUCGUGGGGCGGAGCCCCAAUGACGUCACAAUCACCGCUGCGGCUUGUCUUCCUGCUGGGCGCUGUGCCCGCCGAUGAGUUGGAGCUGCAGCAUUCGCUGGAACGGGAGAAUGCCCGGCACAGGGACAUGGUGCAGGGCAAUUUUCAGGAUGCCUAUCGCAAUAUGACGUACAAGCAUGUGAUGGCCCUCAAAUGGUUCAACAGCAAUUGUUCGCAUGCCCAGCUGCUCAUCAAGGUGGACGAUGAUGUCUUUGUGAAUACGCCACAGCUGAUUAAGUUGCUUCUUCUCCGCGAACCGCCAACUCUCAACUCGAAUCUGACGUCGUCGACAUCGGCGACGCCAUCAACGUUGGCGUCACUGCUCCAGCAGCGGCGGGAACUGCUCUUCUGUCGUCCAGUGAUGGCCUCCCGCGUGAAGCGAUCCUAUCGUUCCAAAUGGCGUGUCAGCUUCCGAGAAUAUGCCGAGAGUUAUUAUCCGCCGUACUGUCCGGGCUUUGCGAUUGUCUACUCGGCGGAUGUGGUGCAGCGUCUCUACCAGGCCGCCCAGCACGCGGCCUACUUCUGGGUGGACGACGUCCACAUCACGGGCAUCCUGGCGCAGCAGACGAACACGACGAUCACAACGCUGCACCCGUUCGUCCUCUACGUGGACGAUUGCCAGCGAUUGCUGAGCGGUGAGCGUGAUAUCGAUCAGCUGGAAUUUCUGUUCACGUGGCACACGAUUUCAUCCAGCCAGAUUGGAGCACUGUGGCAACUGUAUGCGGCGCAGAACUACACGUUGCCACACAGAAACGCACAGAUGGUGGAAACGUUGGAUGGGGAUGGGGCAUCGGAUACGGGUUGGAGCUAGCUUGAAAAGCUUGAAAAUAGGAAUAUCCUCAAUUUAUAUUUUGGCUGUUUUGUUUAGGAUUUCGCUGUACUUUACUUUAGUUGUUAAACAUAGAUCUAAAACACUUAUUUGUUUUAAAUGUUAGUUAGCAUCUGGCAUGGAGCUGAGCUGAAGAGGAGUAGAUGAUUAUGAUGAUGAUGAUGAUGACGAUGAUGAAGAUGAUGGUAUAUAUAUUGUAAGUCAAGUGAACCACCAACCACCUGCCUACAAUCAUUCGUAUCAUAUUUGAUAUAGCGUAUAACUGAAGCAUAACGAUAAAGCUAAGCGAUAAGUCGAAGAGUAAAUACAAAGAAGCCUCUCUCUGGGUGAUAAUUACAAAACUAUACACACAAUAUUCGUAUAUCAAGCACAACAACAACAACAACAAAUCCCUAUUCCGUAUAUAUACAUAUAUAUAUAUAUAGGGAAUCGGUAGAAGAUAUUAUAAAGUGUGUAGCAAAGCAUGACAUAUGUUUAGUAUGAAAAUCAAAUGAAUUGAUUCGAUCUGUAAUCUGUACUUAUUAUAAAUCAAAUGAUGUCGAUGGCAAUGAGAAACUUACCAAUGUAUUUUUUGUACUCAUCUAUAGCAAUUAAAUAACUAUAUCAUUCAUAUUUUUAA